AUGAGAGUCUUUUCUCUUGUCACGAGCGGGCUCGCGUCUUUCCCAUUGAUUGCCUGUCUUCCAGCUGUACCAUCAACACAUGAAAAUUCAGUCCAACAAGUCCGAAAUCCCGGGCAUAAGCGCGACGGCAUUGCUGCACUCAUCAAAGUUCAUCGAAAAUAUCACAUCGAUCUCCCGGAAUCACUAGCCACCUCGGAUCUUUUUCGUCGUGAUAGUACGGGAACUGCAACCAACAGACCUAUCGAAGAUGACGCAGAAUGGUUAACGCCAGUUCAAAUCGGCAACCCGCCAAGGACAUUCCAAAUGGACCUAGACACCGGGUCAUCAGACCUUUGGGUAUAUGGCUCAAAAGCGGCUACUGCUGGCGGUAGUCGAACUCGUUAUGAGUCCUCCAAGUCAAAGUCUUGCGAAGACAUGAACGGGGCCAAAUGGUUGAUUGAAUAUGGCGACGGAAGCGGCGCUUCAGGCCAUGUAGUCACAGACACAGUCUCGAUUGGUAGUCUGAAAGUAGAGGCUCAGGCUGUACAGAUUGCCGACAAGGUACAUGAUUCUUUUGCACAGCAGAAGGACGUCGAUGGUCUACUUGGUCUGGGUUUCAGCUCCAUCAAUACAGUCACGCCUCAGAAGCAAAAGACUUUCUUCGACAAUGCGAAAACUCAACAAAGCGCUGGAUUAUUCACAGCGGACCUACAGCACGACGCACCAGGUACAUACAGCUUCGGAUUCAUCAACAAGACUGCUUACAUUGGCGAUCUUGUGUACGCGCCUGUGGAUACUUCCAAUGGGAUGUGGACGUUCACUUCAACAGGAUUUGCUGUCGGAAAGGACAAAAUCAACGAAACGUCAGUGGCAGCCAUCGCUGAUACUGGCACUUCUCUUAUCUGGCUCCCUGAGGAGAUCAACAAGGCCUAUUAUGCCCAGGUGGAGGGGGCAAAGGCGGACGAAACAGCAGGUGGCUAUGUUUUUCCAUGCAACACAAAGCUUCCAGAUUUCACUUUCAACAUCGGCGACACAGGGAUCACAGUACCUGGUUCAUACAUGAAUUUCGCACCUUUGGAGGGCCCUGAGCCAACUGAACCGGGCAAGAAGGCUAAGAGAUCUAAAACAGGUCCCAGUUUGUGUUUUGGAGGAUUACAAUCGAGUGGCAACUCGAGUUUGAACAUUUUGGGAGACAUUGCUCUCAAGGCAGCUUUCGUGGUGUUUGACGCGGAAAAGACCAGGAUAGGAUUUGCUAAAAAGGCAUUGGCGGGCGUUCAAUAG